AAACCAAAAUGGCGAACGUGUUGGGGGAAAAUGAACCGUUUGUUAUCUUCUGAAGAAAGCACGAUUCCCGCAAGUUUCCGCGACAUACUUUGGAGAUAAACUCAAACACAGAAAGAAGCGGGAUAACCUUUGUCCUUACUAUUUUUGUCAUUUUAUUUUCCCAGUGAUUUGUAGAAGCGGAGGUGACCGAAUGAGAGACUCAGGGGUUGUGGAUCACCUGUCUGUCCAUCACAGAGCCCUCCCCCAGCGGCAGCAGCAGGCCGUGCCCUUGUCUCCCAGCAGCCUCUCUGCUCAGGGGGAGUAUGGAGAGGACGACAUGUCUGACAGGUUCACAGAGGGGCAGGACGUCUUGGCCCGGUGGUCAGAUGGCUUGUUCUACUUGGGGACAAUCACCAAGAUAAAUCGGGAGAAGCAGAGGUGCUUUGUGGUUUUCGAGGAUCGUUCAAAGUCUUGGGUUCUGUGGAAGGAUAUUCAGACAGGUAAGUUCUUCAACAUGAAGAUUGACAUGGACUGCUUUUAUUUAACAUCUGGAUUUUACUGUUAA